AUGCCUCCACUCGUUGACUUGAUCUUGCUGCACUACCACAGAAUGACAGAGGUUGAAUCGAAAGUACUGGUUGAAGAUGUGGCAAAGGCGCCCAGCGAGGCGAGUGACGGGGACAGACGACGCGAGUUCCUCUCGUCGUUUACGCCUGAAGACGACAAGCGGAUUAUGCGCAAGGUCAACAAUCGGUUCCUGUGGCUGAUUGGUGUUAUCUAUGUUAUCAAGACGAUCGACUACACAAACGCAGCCUCCGUCAAAGUCCUCCAAGUCGGCGAAGACCGCAACGUCCUGAACGAACUAAACAUGAGCGCAAACGAGUACAACUGGGUGCAAUCCAUCUACUUCAUAAGCUACAUCAUCUUCGAAGUCCCCAGCAACCUCCUACAGAAGCGCCUAACCCCACGCCUCUGGCAAAGCCGCAUCAUGCUAACCUGGGGAAUCGUGCUCGCCUGCCACGCAGCCGUGCAGAAUAAACACGCUCUGUAUGCGUUGCGCUUCAUUCUCGGGAUGUGCGAGGCUGGCAUGUUCCCUGGUAUUGCCGCGCAGCUGUGCGGGUGGUAUCGCAGCGAUGAGAUGGGGACGCCAAUUAUGUGGAUGUUUGGGUUCCAGAAUACCUCAGGGAUCAUCGGGUCGCUUCUAACAUACGGUAUCGCAUACAUGAAUGGGAUGCGAGGCUUAAGUGCCUGGCGAUGGGUGUACCUCCUCGAAGGCAUCUUCACGAUCCUCUUCUCCGGCGUAAUCUUCCUCGUUCUCCCCGACUGGCCAAAGUCCGCGCGGACAAAGAAAUGGCUUACCGAGCGAGAGCAGGAAUACGUCGAAACACGCCUAUCGGAAAACGCUCCCAGGGAAAGCGACGCCAGCUUCGACAAGGGCGAGGUGAUUGAUGCUCUCAGGGACCAGCGGACGUAUUCCUUCAUGCUAUCGCAGAUCCUGAUUAACUUCGCCGGAUACGCACUGAGCUGGCAGCUGCCCACCAUCACGACGAGUCUGGGCUUCGCUGGCCUCCCACGUAACCAGCUGCUCAACAUCCCACCAGCCGCAGCGUCGGUUCUAGCCAUCGUCUUCACGGGCUGGUUCCUGAAGAGGGCAUACAUCACUCGCCCGGCGUAUAUUAUGGCCGUCAUAAUGGGCCCCCUGUUGCUCUUCUUCAUCCUAUUGGCAGUUCUUGAUGACAAGGUUGGCAUAUACAUUGCCUGCGUGUUCGGGACGAUGUUUUAUGCCGUCUACUUUAUCCCCUUCUGGGCUUGUGCGUCUCCCUUCAUCUCACUUCCUUUCUCUCCAUCAUCAGCACUAACGGCUUCCGGACGCACAGGGCGCAGCUCCUCCCUAAAAGGCACAACCGGGUCCGCAUUCACACUGGCCUUCCAAUCAUGCGUCGGGCAAGUCGGCGGCGUGAUCGGCCCGCAGCUCUUCCAGAGCCGCUUUGCAUACAACGGGUACAAGACGCCGUUUGCGAUUUGCGCGGCGGUUGUGGGGGUGGCGUGGGUGACGAAUGGGUGGACGUGGUGGCUUACGCGGAACGUUGAGUAUGAUGUGCUGAGGGUACGGAGGCUGAGGAUUCAGGAGGAGAGGGAGGGGAGGAUUCAUGCGGGUGAGGAUGUGCGGGUUUUUGAGGAGAGGGUGUUUUAUGAGGGGGUUGGGAGGAGGAAGGGGGAGGUGUAG